AUGAUGGCGGUCGCGAUGGAGACUGAACAAUUCCCAUACUUGCCUUCGGGGCUGGAGCAAGUCAACAAGAUGAUCAGGGACCACAGCAACCUAUUCACCGAUAACCUUUGCAGUGUCUGCAAUGCCGUGCUCAUCUCAGAGUCACAGAAGUUGGCUCACUAUCAGAGUAAGAAACACGGCAACAAGGUGCGACGUUACUUGUCAAUCCAAAAUGAGAAGGAGCCAGAGUCGAAAAAGUUCAAGUCGCUUUCCUCUGACAAUAAUGACACAGACAACAGUAUAUCGGACCCGAUGAAAAUUUGUGACACGUGCAAGAUGAGCUUCACAUCGGCAGUUAUGGCAAACUCUCACUACCAGGGCAAGAUUCACGCCAAGAACCUCAAACUCAAAGCGGUGGAUCCAUUGACCUUAGUCCAACAGGCCACACCGGCGUCAUCCAAGAAGAAGGCGGCGGCAGCAGCAACGGCGGAGGUGGCGGCGGCAGCAAUUACAGCUGGCAAUGGCAGUGAAGGUGGUGACCCGGACCGCUUCUGCGCCAUCUGUCAAGCAUCCUUCAACAAUGCGCAGAUGGCCCAGCAGCACUACCUGGGCAAAAAGCACAAGAAGCACCUAGCCAAGCAGGACCUAAUGAAGCUCUACGGCAAGCCUGCCACACCGGCAUCCACAGCAAAAGGCUUGCCGUGUACACUGUGCAACAUUGAGCUCAACUCUGUGGAUCAGUACCAGUCUCACAUUAGCGGUGCAAAACAUAAGAACCAAAUGAAAAAAUCUGGCCUGAGCCAAUCUGAUAACCAGCAGCCAUCCGGUCCCGAAAACAAACAAACUGACGGAGACAAGCAGUCGGCCAGAAACAAAAACCAGGAGUCGGGAAAUGGUAUGGUCGAAGGCAAGGACGCGCGCGAGCACUUUGCGCCGACGGACGACACGUUUGUGACCGAAGGUUUUGAGGCGGACGACAACUUCUUCGGAAUGGGAGGCGAUAUAUUUCCUUCUUCGGAAGACAAGUUUAACAUGGACAGCUAG